ACCUCAGCAGGAAGGUAUUUUCACCCACAGAUUGGCAUUGUGCAAGUUCAAGAGAUUGUUUUGUGAUAAAAUCCUAGAUCAGCUGUUUCUAAACUGCUCAAACCAGACCUACUGGCACCAACCACCAUGACAAAGUCAAAGUCACUGAAGCUCUUGACCCUAAUUCACCUGAUUGAAUGCAUUGCGCUGGUGCAGCAUUAUUGGAUGACUGGAUAAUUGCAUGAAUAAGCAAGCGCACAGGUGUUCUUAUCAUAUUGAACAGCGAACGUAUAUAACUACGCAUAAUAAUGCAUCAAACAAACAAAAAACAACAACACUGCCCUUUCAUCAUUUACCAAAGGCUGAAAGCAUUCAUUUAUUUUGCCAACAUACAAAAAACAUAAAGGACAAGCAGAGGACGAGGCUGAAGGUUAUCAAGCAAAACACUCAUUAUGUUUUAUGCGAUGGCUGAAGGGCCUAGUUUGCAUUGACCUUGCUAAACAUUAAACAAAAAAACUGUUUAGGUAAAUAAAAGUUUUCUACUGAGCAUGUGCAAAAAAAAAUCUUAUCACCUAACCUGCUGGUUCAGGCGGUUUGUGUACAGAAAGCAUACAUGCUUUACUUCACUUCCUAAUGUAUCCUUGAGUAGUGAGCGUAAUUGGAAAAAUCCACCAAAAUAAUCGCUUUCUAUUAUUUUUAUUUAAAAUGAUUGCAUUCACGUAUAUUGCUUCGCUGUAACAAGAUAUUAAUUUUUUUUUUAUUUGUUUUAUAUUUGAAUAAUAUUGAAUAUUCAACUGCAUGCUCAGGAUAAGUGAGAAUAACGACGAAGUAUGAAUGAUGGCUUCAUUUGGUUCAAGUCCUCAGUUUGGUGUGCAGUUUAUCUCUGAGUUCAGGAUUGUGCUGCUUGGGAAUAAAGGAGCCGGAAAAACCUCUUUGGCAAACAUGAUUUUGUGCAGAGAGACCUCAUCCCCAAAGAGUACAGCUCAGUGCACAAGGAUCCGCGGAGUCGCAGCUGGAAGACUGGUCACUUUAGUUGACAGUCCUGGCUGGUGGAAGAACUUUCUUCUGCAUGAGACUCCUGAGUUUCAAAAACAGGAGCUGGUGUUAAGCGUGGCUUAUUGUCAACCAGGACCCCAUGCUGUUCUUCUGGUCAUCCGUGUGGAUGCAUCAUACACCGACAAAAACAAAAGAGCAGCGCAGCAACACAUGGAGCUUCUUGGGAAGGACGUCUGGAAGCACACAGUAGUUGUUUUCACUUACGGUGAUCGUCUUCAAGAUCAAGCAGUUGAGCAGCACGUCAGCAGUGAAGGAGAAACCUUCCUGUGGUGGCUUGUUGGAAAAUGUGGGAACCGCUAUCACAUUUUGAACAUUGAUCGAUACAAUGGUACUCAGGUGAAGGAGCUGCUUGAGAUGAUUGAGGAUAUGGUGGCUGGAAAUGGCGGCUCAUGGUUUAAAAUGGAUCAAAAGUGUUUGUGCGAUGUCAAAGAUAUAAGGAGGGUGGCAGAGGAGAAAGCGGAGAAGAGCAGGAAAAUGGUACAGGAACAUAGAAAUUUGCAUGAAGGCCAGGACUGCUCUCUGUCCAACAUUAGAAUAGUAUUGUUGGGCUUUCGGAGAUCUGGAAAAAGUUCUGUCAGGAAUAAUAUAUUUGGAAGAGAGAACAUUAACUUGAAGAGAACUUCACAAUGUGUGAAAACUCAGAGUGAGGUUGCUGGAAAAGUUAUCACUGUCCUGGACACCCCAGGAUGGUGGAAGACCCUCGAAGCAAGAGAUACAGCAGAACUGGACAAGCAAGAAAUAUUACGCAGCACUUGUCUGUGUCCACCAGGACCACAUGCAUUACUCUUGACUCUGCGCUUAGAUAUGAAAUUCAGAAACGAAGAGAUGAAAUCAUUGGAAGAACACGUGGGCUUACUUGGCGAACAAGCAUGGAACCACACUAUCCUUCUCUUCACUCAUGGAGAUUUGCUUUGUGACCUGACAGUUGAGCAGUACAUUGAGGGUGAAGGGAACGACUUAAAGUUGCUCGCGGCAAAAUGUAGAAACCGGUAUCACGUUCUCAAUAACAAAAAUUUGCUCGAUGGCGGUCAGGUCACAGAGCUGUUUAAGAAGGUCGAGGAGAUGGUGGCAGAAAAUCAAGGCCGGUAUUAUGAAAUGCACCCAAGGACUUUGAAGGAAGUGAGGCGGAAAUGGAGAUUAAUGGAAAAAAAAUCCAAGAUGAAAGUGAAGGCGAAACAUAGAAGGACGAUAAGCUCAGUGAAAGGUGCUGGACAAUAUCUGACUGAGCUCAGCCUCGUUUUGCUGGGGUACGGUGAAGCCGGUAAAACAUCAGCAAGCAAUACCAUUCUAGGCGCAACAGAUUUUGGAAUCAAAAGAACUUCCCGGUGUGUAAAGAAAAAAGGAUAUGUAGAAGGAAGAUUACUCAUUGUGAUAGACACACCAGGAUGGUGGAAACGUCUUCCAAUAGAAGAAACACCACAAUUUACCAAACAGGAAAUUCUACAGAGUGUCUUCCUGACCCCUCCAGGCCCAGUCAGCUUUUUACUGGUCAUCCGCCUAGACAGUUCUUUUCAAGAAGAAGAGAAAAGAGCUGUGAAGGAUCACUUAAACCUUUUCGGAGACACGGUCUGGGACCGGACCAUGGUUUUGUUCACUUGUGGGGAUUGGUUGGGAGACAGGAGCAUUGAGUUGUACAUCGAGAGUGAAGGUGAGGCACUAAAGUGGAUUCUUGAGCAAUGUGGAAACAGGUUUCAUAUUCUCAGCAACAAGCACCAGAGGAGUAGCACGCAGGUCUCUGAACUCCUGACGAAAAUCGAAGAAAUGCUGGCUGAAAACAAAGCAUGCCAUUCAGGCAUGUGGGAUUUGAAGCAGAAGACAGAAAGGAAUUUGGAGAAUAUCCAGUCGAAUGAAAGAGGAAUACAAAGACAAACUGACGAUGUUGACUCUGAUGAUGAUGAUGUAUUUACUACUGAUGUACAAUAUAAUAUAAUAUAAUAUAAUAUAAUAUAAUAUAAUAUAAUAUAAUAUAAUAUAAUGUAAUGUAAUACAAUAUAAAAAUAUUAGUGUAGCUGCUUAGCAAGAAUAAGAAAAAGAUGAACCCAAAGUUUUUAUAUGCACAGUAUCUAGAUUUAUAGGAUUAGGCAAAUUUUAUUCACCAUUUGAGAAUAAAAAUAAGGGCUUGCUUUACCCUGUGCAGUGGCUUUAGAUCAAAACUAUUAAUCAUGCCUUUAGUUCUCUCUGAAGAUUUUAUUCACACAGUAUUUAAAUAUUAUUCAUUCCUUAAUAUAUGCAGUGAAUAUUUGGGAACUCUAUAACGUUCCUUCAUUUGCUUCUGUGAUGCAUAUACAAACCCCGACCAUGAAGGUGUUUAAGGUGAGUUGAAAUCAUGGGAAAAACAAAAGAGCUUCCACAAAAGCUGAGAGAGAAGAUUGUUUCAUCACAUCUGACGGGCCUUGGGUAUAAGAAGAUUUUCAAAAGAUUUAACAUUCCAAGAGACACCAUUAAGAGCAUUAGAAGUAGGUUUAAAACUUAUGGAACAGCUGCAAACCUGCCUGGCCGUGGAAGAAAGCUCACAAUUUCAUCAAGGGCCCUUAGCAACUUAGUCAGGACAGCUAAGAAAAACCCCCCUGUGACUGCAAGACAGCUACAUGAUGACAUGAUUAAGGCUGGUACAAGUGCUUCAGUGGCAACUAUAAGACGUGCACUGAAUAAUCAAGGACUUCAUGGCUGGACCCCAAGACGCACUCCACUCUUGACCUCAAGGAACAUCAGGAGUCGACUAGAAUAUGCCAGGAGGAAUUUGGAUAAAACUACAGAGUUCUGGGAAACAGUUCUCUGGACUGAUGAAACCAAAACUGGAACUUUUUGGACAUAUGGACUAGUGGUAUGUCUGGCAUGCAAAAGGUCAGGCUUAUGACCAGAAUAAUACCAUGCCCACGGUCAAGCACGGAGGUGAGUCAAAAAUGAUGUGGGGCUGAUUUUCUGCGGCAGGAACUGGCAAUCUUGAUUGUGUUGACAAAUUAAACCUUGGUGAUCAUUGGAUCUUCCAGCAAGACAAUGAUCCCAAGCACACCUCCAAAUCAACCAAAGCUUGGUUGGGGAAAAGAUGCUGGAGUGUCCUGGAGUGGCCUUCUCAGUCACCAGAUUUAAAUCCAAUUAAAAAUCUUUGGUGAGAUUGGAAGAACGCAGUUGGAGCACGGAAGCCGUCAAAUUCCAAUCGAGAGGUGUAAGAAGCUUGUUAGCACUUAUCGAAAACGCUUGUUAGAAGUUAUAAAAACUAAAGGGCGCUCCACAAGGUACUGAAGCUGGGGGUUGAAUAAUACUGCAUAUGCUCAUGUGUUACAAUUUUCAUUUGAACUUCAAAGUUAAGUCAACUUCUGUUGUCAAAAUAACUCAAAUAUGUAUCAAUAAAUAUUUUGUUAAUUUA